GGCGGAGGCGGAGGCGGGGCGGCCCGGUACCGCCUCGAGCACCUGCACAGGCCCGGGCCCGCCGCUCCCUUUCCCCACGCCCACGCCCCUCGCCGUGGAGCCUCCGCCGCGUCCCGGCAUGGCGGGCGGGCCCUGGGGGCCGCUGCUGACGGCGCUCCUGGCCGCCCGAGUCGCGGCGGAGGCCGGCCCCGAGCAGGCCGCGCUGCCGGAGGAGCGCAGCUGGGUGCUGCCCAUGACCGCCUCCAACUGGACGCUGGUGAUGGAGGGCGAGUGGAUGCUGAAAUUUUAUGCUCCUUGGUGUCCAUCCUGCCAGCAGACCGAUUCAGAAUGGGAGACGUUUGCAAAGAAUGGUGAAGUACUUCAUAUCAGUGUGGGAAAAGUAGAUGUCAUUCAAGAACCAGGUUUGAGUGGCCGCUUCUUUGUCACUACUCUCCCAGCAUUUUUUCAUGCAAAGGAUGGGAUAUUUCGCCGUUACCGUGGCCCAGGAGUCUAUGAAGACCUGCAGAAUUAUAUUUUAGAGAAGAAAUGGCAAUCAGUGGAGCCUCUGACUGGCUGGAAAUCCCCUGCUUCUCUGACGAUGUCUGGAAUGGCUGGUCUUUUUAGCAUCUCUGGCAAGAUAUGGCAUCUUCACAACUAUUUCACAGUGACCCUUGGAAUUCCUGCUUGGUGUUCUUACAUCUUUUUCGUCAUGGCCACCUUGAUUUUUGGCCUUUUUAUGGGUCUGGUCCUGGUGGUAAUAUCAGAAUGUUUCUAUAUACCACUUCCAAGGCGUUUAUCUGAACAUGCUGAGCAGACUCAGAGGCCAGAGGAUGCUCACAAAGCUGAACAGCUGCAGGAUGCAGAGGAGGAAAAAGAGGAUUCAAAUGAAGAAGAAAACAAGGACAGCCUUGUAGAUGAUGAUGAAGAGAAAGAAGAUCUUGGUGAUGAGGAGGAAGCAGAGGAGGAUGAAGAAGAGGACAGCUCUGCUCCUCCUGUGGGUGAGGGGAGAAAUGACACCCAGGGCCAAGGGCCCCUGAGAGAAGUCCAGCAGGUGGGCGAACUUGAGCCUGAAGAACAGGUGCCUGUGUGGCCCAGCUCAGUCCACGCGGAAGUAGCCGAAGAUACAUUGAGGCAGCGCAAAAAUCAGCAUGCUGAUAAGGGACCAUAGGUCUAAUGACAGUAUUUCAGAGAAUUCAGACCAAAGGAAUAGGUCAGCCUCCCUCUGGUCUGCAGUGUAAAUCAAAUCCUUAUUUUUUCCUGAAUGAGCAAGCUUCUCUUAAAAAAAACGAUCUCUAGUCGUGUAGUCUCUGGCAUUAAGCCUCAUGUAUAUUAAUGAGAGUCUUUCAGGCAUGACAAUCAGGAAACAGAAAAACAGACAAACAUGAUGUUGGAUCUGUUGGGGGAUUUGGCAUGGGCACAAAUUCAUUGGCUUGGGGCUAGAGAGUUUUGACCAGAGAAAGCACCCUGCAGGCGCCAUAAAAAGAAAGCAAAGCAACACGACCAUGCUCACGAUGCAUGGGAGGUCUUGCAGAAGUCUUGUGUUAAGCAUUUAUUUUUGUCAAACUGUAAGAAACACAGCCACCACGGUACAGAGACACUCUUUUAGAGCUAGAAAUUGAGAGGGCCCUGGGUAUUAUGGUAGAAAAGAGCUUGGAUGUCAUUCCAACUCUCUAAAUCUCCUUUGUUAUGAUUUAUUUCUUACUUUUAGUAUUUCCAACUUUCCCACCACGGGCCUGCAGGCGCCCCACACUCUUCACAAUACUUCCUCAGUGAGAGGCCUCAGACAGCGGCCGCUUGACAUCAGUGGCGUUCAUUCUGACUUAAGGGUUUACAUAAUCCAGAACCAAAGCCCAUGAAGCCGUGACUGCCAAGCAUCUUGAAUGAAAUGUUGUAACCUUUGGAGAUUCAAAAGGAAGUAGGGAUUUUACAGGAGAGAUUUUUGUUGUUGUUUGCCAAAAUGUAGUAAUUUUUUUUCAAAAGGUUCCCAUAGCAAUAUUCUUUUUGAAGCCAGAAGUGCCCUAAGUGUUGCCAGUAUAAGGUUGUCUUGUGAAGAGAACUUGAAUACUUUGUUGUUUUGCUUCCAUCUCAAGGGGUUCCCUGGCUCUUGAGCCACUUUAAUAUUAACUGCAAAACCAUUUCUAGUUUUGUUUCAGUGAUGUGCUUUUGGUGAAAGAAUUAAUGAAAGUGAAUAUCUAGAAAUGAAAGAUUUGGUUUCGUUUCCUCCUUCCUUAAUCUUGUGAAGAAUUUUAUCCCUGUAAAUCUCUCAAUACUCAAUCUACUAAAAGCACCCUGGGGGCUCAAUUUCUUUUAAACAAUCCAUCCAUCUACUUCUGCCUUACCUGAUUUAUGUCUUAGAAUAAAUUCAUAAAAUUAGAUUCCAAGCUUAUGAAAGAUGUCUAAAGUUGAUCCCACACCCCUUGGGUCCAGACAGAAAAACAAGUAAUCCAGGUUUAUGAAAUUCGAAAAGUUUCUGUCGUCUUUAUAAAGAAAUAUGCAGUAUACUCCUGUCUGACUGUUUAGGUAACCCUUACCUCGUAUUAACUUUGAACACAGGCUCCCUGGAGGAGGGGGAGGUGCUGAAAUUCUCUACCCUCAAGUGGUUGACCGGGCCUGUUGCAAGCCCCACACAAAGGGAGUUAUUAUUCUGAUAGAAUCCAAUGUUUAGAGAUGGUUAUUUUUCAUCUUUCUAACUCAGUUACCUGACAGUCUCAUCCCCUAGUACUGUGAGGUUCAUGAAGAGUCGCCACUAGUUUUUCUCUUCAGACAGCAGCAGCACCUUGUGUUGGAGACCAUCACAGAGCUGACAGACUGGGGAAACCUUGACUUUGGCUCAUUUCCUGCCCCGCCUGCUAUGUCUCUAACACAUCCUCAGUCCAAGCACCCUAGUUCUGAUGAUGGCAGCUCCGUCUCCCUGAUACUGGGAAGCUUUUCUGGAUCAUUGCUGAGCAGGGCCUGCCCACCUGUCACUGGAUUUCUGUUCUCUUACAAUCAGCUGAAACAACAUUUUCAGAGAUCAUUAAGUUCAAGUUCAGAAGUAUGGCAUAAGAAAGGUUUCGUAGUUUGGCUUUUUGUAUCAUACGUCCACCUUUCCUACUCCUUUUAUUAAAACUUAUUUUUUUUUUCUUUGUAAGUGGAGUAUUUGACCAGAAGGGAAGGAAUGAAGAAAUAAAAUCCACUUUAGCUUUUUAUAAAUGUCAGCCCAAUUUCCAAUUGGACCCCGAAUAAUACCUAAUUAUACAACAAGAGAAAUGUAUGUUCUUUCUCAGCAACACUUAAAAAAAAUUGGAGGAAGAGGAGAAAAUAGUUUGGAGAAGAAGAUCCAUUAAAAGUUGAAGCCUCUGUUGCUAUAGGAACUUUUUUUUUUUUUUUUUUUAACAUCCUGGCAAAAGAUAGGGUUUUUACUAAAUGGCCUGAUAAGUACACAUCUAAUUUAAUUUCUUUCCACUUAAGGCCUUAAGGUUUGUUUUCAAUAUUUACUGCAUAUAAGACUAAAGGAAAAAAAGUCAACCUAAAAUAAUUUAAAAUUUGAUUAAUAUUUCAAUAGGCUUUUAUGGAUUUUUCCUGUAGAUAAUAUGUUUCAUCCAGAAGUCAAAUAUGUGGAAACAUGAUUUUGAUUUAAAAAAUAAAAGAUAAUCAUGCUUUCCUAUGUUGCAAUAUUGGCUGUUUAAUUACAGAGCAGUAUUUUAUAUAAAUCAAAAUUAGGAAAAUUAAAUAAAAGUGACUAUAGAUUUUGGAGUGGGGGUGCAGUGCGUUAUAUGUGAGUAGUUGGAGUGGGGGUUCUUUUGUCUGAUGAUAGGGAAAGUUUGAAACUUCUACCUAACUUCUUGUUAGUUUCUUUUAUCAUUCAUUUCUUGUUAGAUCUGUUAAACUACCCCAGCUUGCUUAGAGAUCUCAUUAUGGAAGCUGUGGACAGCUAGUCCCACUUCUUUCUUUCCCUUUGAAGUAUAAACACUGAAUGGGGUGAUAGGCAAGGUUCAUUGACUACACAGAUCCCUGCACUUCAGGAGCAUGUAUGUACAGCCUGAUAUGGUGCAUCUGAGCCCUGUUAGUUACAGGCCCCUUUCACUACAAAAAAGAAAUCCAAAAUAACGACUGUAAUAAAAAGUAAACAAGCUUUAGCCAGGUUGCCUUUUGACAGUGGAGAAAGCCAAAUUUUGACUUUUUUGUGGCCAAACCCUUUGUUGAUAACUAACUAUGGCAUUGUUAUAGGAUUUGAGUAUAUAUAAGCCUGCAGAGCCUGCAUCCUGUGAUACUUUUGGGGGGGAAGAUAAUAAAAAUGUCUUCUAAGGUGAGCACUUAGCCUUCAUGACUUUUUAUGACCAAGUCUUUAAGAAUGGAGCCUGUAUGCUGCUUUAUAGGAUGGCAAACGUUAAAGAGCCCCCCCUCCCAAAAAAAACACAUAGAAACAAGAGUGUAUACCUGAGAUUUCAGUAUGAAGUAUUAAAUUGGCAUGAAGUCAGAGAAAGAAGGGAAAGACUGGUGCUUUUGCUAAUGUGUAUCAACUAUCUCUGUCCAUCUUGGUGUUGAAGUGUUAUUUCUGCCAGUAUUAUAAACGUGUAACAGAUUCAUCCCGUCAAAUACAACAUUUUUGGAAAGUAUUUAUGUAAAUCUUUUGUGCCAACAGUAAAGUUCCCUCUUGUUCAGUAUCUUUAGUCCUACAUUUUGAUCUUCAGAAGAUCAGUUUGUCUUCAAAAACCAAAUAAUGAACCUUGAAUGGGGCAGCUCUUUGAAGAGAUGCGGUUGGAAGGCCUUUCGUGUUUCAGACCAGGACAUGGCCUUCAGAUAGCUUCUUCUCGGUCAAGUUUCAUGUGAACGGUGCCACUGUAUAUAUGUGAUUCAGAUAAUUUUCCCAUGUUUCCAAUGCAGUUUAAUUGUAUUUGUUACUAAAUAGCUUCUUUGUGCAAAUGCAGUUUUUACACUAAAAAUACUGUUUAUUUGUAUUGUAAUGCAUUAUAAAUUCAUUAUUUAUAUUCUU